AUGGCCUCUAAGGGCCCCGUCCAUGGGGGCGAGUUUCUAGACGGUCCCACGGUACAGCGGCCCGAGUGCCGGUCGUGUCCCCUCCCUCCCCGGCCGGCCCCACCAGACCUAUCUGGCUUUGGCUUUUCUCAUCUGGAACGUGAGCCUCUGCAGCCCCUCUGGAGCUCCGUCUACGGCCUGUGUGCCAAGACGGGGCUGAGAGAAGCUCCUGCCCUGGAGGGGCUCCCCCGGAGGACCACCGCAGACUCCCCUCUGGACCCACCUCUCCUCUGCUCCCGCCUCCUCUCUGCAGCCUUCCCAGACUGCUCCCUCCACAGGGCCCCUCCGGCUUCCGCAUUCCCUUCUGGGAAUGUGCCAUCCCGGGGCUUCCUAGCGCUGUCAGGAGCUCUCCUUGUGCCUCAUCAGGGGCGGCGGGAGCAGCGGCUCCGGGCCGGGGCUAGCCAUGCCAACCUGCCCAAGCACAUCCCCACUAAGCCCUGGAAGAAGGAGUCUCGAGCCAUCUCAAUGCUACAGAGAUUCUCCCCCUUCAACCACAGGCUUAUGGGUCAGCUCACAGUAGUGGGCACAGCCCACUCUCUCUUGGAAGUAAGUGCAAUUAGCUUCUUAGAUGACGUGGAAGUGGCAUCUUACAACAAAGAACACAAACAAAUUGUUGUCAAGAUACCCUGGAUCUCUAAAGCACUGGGAGAUAAUUAUCUCACACAGAUGGUGGAUGAAUUAUUGCUGAACCAAGAGGAAGAUUUGCGAUGGACUAUCGAAAUUUUAGCACGGGAGGACACUAACCGUAAUAGAAACCACACAGCCCAGCUCCUGGCAGAAUGUGAAAUUGACAAUAACAUCACAGUAAAAAGUCAAAUCCAUUUAAUUUGGGAUGGGGUUGAAUAUUACAGGAUAGAUGAAGAGGUUGGACAUUGGGAGAACAUAAUUCCUGAAUUCAAGCAAUACCAACACAUUCUGGAUAGCCCAUUGUGGACCACUCUGAGGAAACGAUAUAUGAAGCUAUAUUGUAUUGACUUGAUGAGGAAAGUAGUUGGAUACUCACACAUAAGGGAUAACGUGGCCCCGGAGGUGGCUGUAUCUCAACAUGUCAGCCCAGAAGGCAGCAUCAUUCUCUCCUGCAUUGCCACAGGUUUCUACCCUCGCUCCAUCCUGAUGCACUGGGAAAAGAAUGGGAAGCUGGGGAUAUGGGGAAAUGAGAGUUCCAGUGGCACCCUGCCCAAUAUGGAUUCCACCUUCUACCUCAAAGUUACCUUAGAACUACCACCAGAAGACUCAGGUGGGGGUUAUAGCUGUGUGGUAGAACACAGUGAAUUGAAGACCCCUGCUAUGUAUUCAGUUCCUGGAAAGCCCACUGUGGAGAAGUCUUGGGUCCUAAAACUUGGUAUUGUGUUGGCCAUCAUCCUACUGCUGGGCUGUGCUGGGGCCUUUAUUAUCUGGAAGAAGAGGAAGACAGGUAUGUACAUAAGGAGAGAAAGUUGA